AUGACAACGGUUGUUCCUACCAGCUACCGCUACGUUACCAACGGGUUCGCCGCGACACUCACAGCCGACCAGGUCCGCCGGUUGCGCAACCAUCCGUCAGUUCUGUCGGUCCGGCCGAGCCAGCGCGUGUACAAGGCGACGACCGACACGCCCACGUUCCUGCGCCUGCCGGGCUCGCUGUGGGCGGCGGCGGGCGGGCAGAGCAGCGCGGGGGAGGGCGUGGUGGUGGGGGUCGUGGAUACGGGCAUCUGGCCUGAUCACCCCUCGUUCGCUGAUGAUGGCACGUACUCCGCUCCGCCCGCCACGUGGCGCGGAACCUGUCAGACCUCCAAGGACUUCCCCCACUGCAACCGCAAGCUCAUCGGCGCGCGCUACUUCGUCUCCGGCUUCCGCCAGGCGUACGGUCGCGAGAGCCUCUCCGCGGACUGGCUCUCCGCGCGCGACGCCGACGGCCAUGGCACGUGGUGCGCCAGCGCCGCCGCCGGGAACGCCAACGUGAGCGUCGCGCUCGCGCGCGGGCAGACCACGGGGCUCGCGAGCGGAAUGGCUCCGCGCGCGCGCGUCGCGAUGUACAAGGUGUUCUGGUCCAAUUACAACUCGGGCGGCGUGACCGCCACGUGGGCGGACAUCGAGGCCGCCGUGAAUCGCGCCGUGGCGGACGGCGUGGAUGUGCUCAGCCUGUCGCUGGGCGGCCUGGAUCCCUCCGCGGAUUACUUUGACGACUUGCCCUACUUCUAUGCCAACGCCGCGGGCACAGUGGUGGUGUACGCAGCGGGCAACGAGGGCCCACCGCCCUACAGCGCAUCAAUGUACCGAACCAUCUCCAACUUCUCGCCCUUCUACCUCACCGUUGGCGCCUCCACCAUCUCUCGCCGCUACCUCACCAACCUCACUCUCGCCGACGGGACAGUCCUGACGCUGGAGGGGUUAGGAGGCGGGAGCGUGAACACCCAGAACGUGGGCCUAGCGGACUCCAUACUCGCUAAGAGCUCCUCCGUUACAAACUUCAAGGCGCUGUACUGUUACGGCGGGUCGCUAGACUCUACUAAAGUCUCGGGCCGGAUUCUACUGUGUCAGUACGGUGGGGGGGCACCUCUGGAAACGAAAAUCAGAGAAGCAGUAGCACGGGGUGCCAGAGCACUGCUGAUCACCAACAUACCUGACUCUGCAAGAUACUACCUGCCAUAUGAUUCCCGCCUUCCCAUGAUGUAUGCCGAUGCUGCUGCAGCCACCACCAUUCGAACCUUCAUCAGGUCCCAGACCACCCCUACAGCCAGCCUCGCCGUCUCCUACGUUACAGAUCCUGCCGCUGCUGUAGCUCCGGUUACCGCAUCAUUCUCCUCUACAGGCCCGGUGGCCAAUCCCGACGUGGCGGUCGGUGCACCCUACCCGACCAACGACAUUCUCAAGCCGGACGUGAUUGCUCCGGGAGUCUCUCUCUGGGGCGCAUGGCGCGGCUCGACACUCGCCACGAAAACAACUGCUCGCUUCAACAUGAUUUCCGGGACGUCCAUGGCUACACCACACGUUGCCGGGAUUGCUGCGCUGCUCAUCCAACGCAACCCCACGUGGACGGUGCCGCAGGUCAUGUCUGCAAUCAUGACCACCGCCAGCACGACCAACAACCUCGGGAAUCCCAUCAGCACUUCCUCUGGAACGCCCGCCUCUCCCUUUGACAUGGGCCAGGGGCAUGUGAAUCCCGAGAGGCUACUCGACCCGGGGUUGACGUACCCUGCUGCCCCUGCCCAUUACUUGAAUUUUCUCGCCGGGCAGAAUAUGACGAGGACGCGGCAACUUGUCUCAAGCAACACACCCCUGAAUGCUAUCCCUGCAUACAAUCUCAACCGGCCACAGAUCUCGGUUUCGCGGCUACGAGGCGUUGUGAAUGUGACGCGGUGGGUGGUGAACAUGGCUACCGUUGCCUCUAAUUACACGGGAGAGGUGGUGCCUCCUUUUGGCGCGAGUGUGACGCUUUACCCGCCCUCGUUUACGAUAGAGCCUGGGAAGAUUCAGGUGUUCACGAUUGAGUUGAAGGCCUCAGGCGUGUAUGCGGGCUUCUCGUUUGGUAGCUUGACGUGGAGGGAUGAGCUCGGGCAUUCAGUGCGCUCUGUGAUUGCUGUGCAACCCAUAUCCAUGGUGCUCACAGGAUUCGAUUCUAUACUUGCGUAUGACAGCAUGUGGCAACAUAUCAUGUAUCAGAUGACCUGUUUAACUCAUUUCCUACUCCUCAAGUUCCUCGACCAGAAAUAUAGCCAACAACCUCCCAACCCAACCACAGCGUGUACUGUAUUCCUCCCCACGAGCCGCGGCCUGGCUACUGGUACAUGCGACUCGGACAUGGCUACCCUUACCACGCGCCCGCUCGCGCUUGCGCUUCUAGCGCUCUUCGUCUCAGCAGCAACGCUCGCCGCCGCACAGACUGAUCCCGCGACUGGGACUUCCCAAGAUCCGACCCAGACCGAUCAAUCUUCCUCUUCCGCCGUCGGCCAGCCUAUAACCUCUGAAGCGGGACCUUCCACCGCUACUGUUGCGGCGCCCACGGGGAACAGAGUCUACAUUGUGCGCAUGCGCGGAGUUCCCCCGCUCGCGGGAUACACUGGCGGAAUCGCGGGGUACGAGGCCACGGCUCCGCGCACUCGCGCGGCGCAAUGGGCGGCCGCGGCGGGGCAGCGCCUCCGCCAGCGGCUUCCGCGGAUCAAUCUCCGCAAGGGGCCCGCGAAGGCGUUCGCGAAAAUGCUCGGGCGCAUGCAGGAGAAGGUCGCGAAGGAUAUUAAUCUCCCAAUGAAAAACGUCCUCUACAGUUACAAGUUCGUCAGUAACGGAUUCGCGGCGACACUCUCGCAAGAUAAAGUGGAGCAACUUAGGAGGCAUCCCGACGUUGCUGACGUGUUUCCGUCGUACACGAUGCACAAGCUGACGAUGGACUCGGCGGAUUUCUUACAGCUGCCCGACAGCUUGUGGGCCGUGAAUGGCGGGCAGGCUAACGCGGGAGAAGACGUGGUGGUGGGGAUCGUGGACACGGGCAUCUGGCCCGAACACCCCUCGUUCGCCGAUAACACCACCGUCCCGUACGAAGCGCCCCCCGCGUCGUGGCGCGGCGUGUGCCAGACGAGCGACGACUUCCCCGCGUGCAACAACAAGCUCAUCGGCGCGCGGUUCUUCAGCGCCGGCUUCCGCGAGAUGACCGGCGACCUGGAGGACCUCACGUACGACUGGGCCUCCGCGCGCGACGCGGACGGCCACGGCACGUGGUGUGCGGCAGCGGCGGCGGGCAACGGCGACGUGGACGUGUUCACGACGCGCGGCCAGCUCGUGGGCAUGGCGUCAGGAAUGGCGCCGCGCGCGCGCGUCGCGGCGUACAAGGUGUUCUGGUCCAACUCCAACUCAGGCGGCUUGACCGCGGCGUGGGCGGACAUCGAGGCCGCCGUGAACUACGCCGUGGCGGACGGCGUGGAUGUGCUCAGCCUGUCGCUGGGCGGCCUGGAUCCCGAGGCGACCUAUUUCGACGACAUGCCUUACCUCUACGCCAACCUCGCGAACGUGGCAGUGGUGUACGCAGCAGGAAAUUCCGGGCCCCCUUCGACCGGCGGUCAAAUGUACCGCACGCUCUCCAACUUCUCGCCCUUCUACCUCACCGUUGGCGCCAGCACCAUAGGUCGGCGUUUCCUCACCACAAUCACCCUCGGAGACGGCACAGAGAUACAAGGCUCCGGCUUUGGAGCAGGAGGCACCGAACCUGACACAGCGCCCAUAAUCGAGGGCCUAGCAGCGCGCCGAACCGGCAUCACCGUUGGCAAAUCUGACCAAUGCCUGCCCUACGCGCUCGACGCGACCAAGGUCGACGGGAAAUACGUGCUCUGCUCGUACGGCGGCGUGCCGACCUCCGAAAAGGUUUCUGAUCUCAUGAUGAAGGGAGCCAAGGGGAUUCUGCUCCUGAACAUUCCGCAUGCUCUGGAGCCUUUCACGCCGUACGAUGAGCGUAUGCCGGUGAUUUACCUCCCAUUCCUCGCGUCUGACUCGCUAAGGACGUACGUCCGGUCGACUUCCUCCCCUACUAUCACUCUCUCGACGGAUUUCGAGCGGAAUAUGGAUCUUGCCGCGCCCGCCAUGGCGUAUUUCUCCUCCACCGGCCCUGUCGCGAACCCCUACGCGACGGUCGCCGCGUCGCGCCCGUGCAACGACAUUCUCAAGCCGGAUAUUACUGCUCCCGGCGUGUCUCUGUGGUCCGCGUGGCGCGGCUCGAGCCCUGGCGCGGAUUACGGGUUCUCCAUGAUUUCGGGGACGUCCAUGGCGACGCCGCACAUGGCGGGGAUUGUUGCGCUGAUUGUGCAGCAGCACCCGAACUGGACCCCCGCGCAGAUAUUUUCCGCAAUUAUGACAAGCGCGACGGUCACAGAUACCAAGGAUCAGAAGAUCCAGCUCAGCAGCGGCGUGGCCGCGACCCCGUGGGAUAUGGGCGCAGGGCACGUGAACGCAGAGGGAAUCCUCGACCCCGGGCUGACCUACAACGCCGGUGCUUCGGAUUAUUAUAAUUUUCUCGCCGGGCAGGGAUUGGCCAAGGCGCGCGGAUUGCUUGGCACGCGAAACCGCCUGGUUGCGAUGAAGCCGUACAUGCUGAAUCGGCCCACCAUCGCGGUUUCCCGGCUGAGCAAAUCGGUGACCGUCACGCGGACAGUCACGAACGUCGGGUCGGCGCCGUCAAACUACACGGUUUCGUGGGUCGCUCCGCAGGGCGUGACGGUUCUGGUUACUCCUUUGAAGUUGUCGCUGCCUGUGGGUGGAUCUGCGACGUACACUGUGAAAUUUUCGGUGACGACCGCGUCGUGGGAAUUCAAGUACGGGCGUCUGACGUGGAAGGACGCCUACGGGCAUGUCGUGAAAUCCGUGAUCGCCGUGCAACCCAUCGUCAAGGAUACCGCCUCAACCGCACGCAAACAGAGCAGCCGGAAGCUCUAG